AUGGCCAACUCUGCUGGGAUGACGCUAAUAACAAACCACCUUCUUUCUUCAGACGUGACAGGGUCCCUUCCAUGUAUUGCUGUAGAGACACAUGGAGGGCCUGACUUCUCUCUAACACAAGCUUUAGAAGAAGUCUCACAACAAGGAUAUGCCCAGAUUGUGGCCCUCCGGGAGAAACAACAAGUGCUCAGCUCUCUCCAGGCCAUACUAUCAGACAUCGAGAAGAAAGGCAAAGAAGCUGAAGUGGAGUUAAAAUCCAACGUGAGGCAGAUUCUCAUCCUGGAGGGUGAGAUGGAACACCUGCAGCGACACAUGCAAGACCUGGGCUUGCGUUCCGUCACCGUCUACAAUGAAAACACAGAGCUCCGACUGCUGAUCGAGGAAGAAGAGGACAACUUUAGCCGUGUGCUGGCCGGUUACAACACCUACCGGAACAAGAUGGAGGGCCACCGGACAGCCGUCUUGCAAGCGGAGAGCCAGACGAGGGCUCACAGGGAGCUAGUGGAGAAGAGGGCUCUGGUCAGAGUGCUCACAGAGAGGAGAGAGGAGCUGAGGGCCGACCUGGAGAACCCAGAGGGGAACGCUGUGAAGCAGGCACAGAAAGAGUUGGAUGACAUGAGGGGGCAGAUCUCAGACCGGAGGAAGAUGGUGACUGAGAGAAGAGAGCUCAUCCUGAAGGAGUUUGAGAGUCACACACUGAUCAAGAAGCAUAUCGAGAUCCAGAACAGACGGUACGAUGCCAUCGUGAAGCGUCUCCACUGCCAACUAAUGAAGGCCCAGUCCGGCCACAGGCAGUUGUCUGAUGAUAUCUACCACAUGGAGAGAGAGAUCCAGGACCUCAAGAGACACCUCGAGGUGCCAUAAGUUAGCAUUCUGGUUCAUAAAACUGUAUGUUUUGUAGUAUGACCUAAGGCUAGGAGUUUUCCCUAACCAAGACAUACUUCAGGCACUAGUGUAGGUCUGUGCAUGACAGUUUUGUUGCUGUUCAUUUUAUUUUUUUUACACUUUUCUCUCUCAUAGUUUUUUCAGUGAAAGUAAUGAAUUGGAAAGCCAUUAAACAAAAACAUGUCUUUACAGAAAACUCCCUUUCCCUCCCCAUUAUAAAUAACUUGGGUUUCCCCCUGAAUUUUAGAGGUAAAACUGUGACACUCACUGACCAGCAGAGGGCAAUGGUGUCAACCAAUUAAGAAAUAGCAACUAUUCCUGUGUUACUGUAUAGAAGACAAUAAUCACUGUCAGUCACUUUGUAGACAAAACAAUAUUUAUUGGUGUGUUUCUCUCCUGUUUCUCAUCAUCUUGACAAAAACAACAGAUCAGAACAGGAGACAAACUGAUGAGAUGGAGACGUGAAGGAAACCUUUUAUACAUUAAACCAUGGCAGGGAUCGCCUUAGCGUAAAUGCUGUACAUGAUAGAACCAACUACCGGAUUACACACACUAAGACACGCAACAUCAGAGGAACAGAAUACUGAGUCAUCAUCAACAGUUUUAGGGUUAGAGAAUAAAGUAGGGACCAAAAUUUCCUUUCUCUCUCUUUCUCUCUCCCUCCCUCUCUCUCUCUCUCACACAUAUUAAUAAUUGAUGGUGCUUUUAAACGGAACAAAAAUAAGAUGAAACAGGGUAGAAACGUGUCAGUGUUCUUGUUUGUUUCCCGACAUUAAAGAAGUCUCGGUCCCCAGAGACUCUCUUUCUUUCUCUCUCCUUUGUUUAUUUCCCUCUCCACUUCCUUCUCCUCUUCGCUCUGUGGGCUGGGGGUUGCAGCAGUAAAUAUAGUUGAGUCAUUUCUCUGUCCAUCAGAAGGCUUCUGAGUGUCAGAUCAGAAUCUGCACUUUGGAAGUCUAAUUAACUGUCCAUUUCAAAUAUAACCAUGACAUCAUCUGUAGGACCAACUUCAAUUAAAUUAUAUGUGAUCAUGUAAACAUAACAGAAACACCAUCAGUUUAGUCAGUUCAGUCCAGAUUCACAGUGGUCAGGCAUGCGUGUGUCCAGCCUCGUACCACCACCCCCCAUCCAUGUCCCUUCAGACACCCAAGGGGGGUUAGGGUUAAGUUUAGACUAGGGGCUCAUCAUCCAUUAAUUAGCCCAGGGGCUGUAAAUGCUUGUCCUGGGGGCCCACAGU